GGGUCGGGUUUAGGGGAAAACAGGCUGGACACACAAAAUUCACUGAUGAUAUAAUUUACUAAAUAAUAAUGAAUUAAAGCAAAAUUAUGAUAAUCCCCUCAUUAAUAUUACAUUUGUUAAAAGUGAAAAAUACAGUUGCACUCUCGAAUUGUAUGUUUGGAGUAAAUACAUGGUAAAUACAAAGUGUUUCAAUUUAAUUUAUGACGUCCGGUCACGUGAUAUCUACACUAGGAAGUGCUGCCAACAGUCAGAACUCGUCACAACAUUUUUUAGGUUAAUAUAUUUGUCAAAAAUUUAUGAAGCCCUUAAAGCCGACCGAAACAAUUUACAAGAGUCAAGGGACAUGGACCGACGCGUUGACAGUGUGCAAAAACACCGGAAUUGGAUACUCCACCAAUCAAAUUUACCGUGAAGACGGCAACCCCCAAGAAGACCACCCUUAUGAAGACUGCAGUUGCCACUACGAGUUCAACAAUGGAACUUGCUGGUAUGCAGUUUUCGACGGUCACGAGGGCCAAAAAGCCUCACAUUUCUCGUCACAAUUGACCGCAGAAAUCUAUUUCUCUCAACUAGCUGAGAAAAGAACUGAUGAUGAGGUGAGGGAGAUCAUGAGACAGGCUUUCGUCUCUGUCGAAACUGGUUAUAUACAGUCAAUUGGAGACUUACUAGCUGAAAGAUUAAGGCUACAGUAUGAUUUACCUGAAAGCUCCAAUUCGUAUGAGGCGUAUCAAAAGGCCCCCCAUGUUGUUGAAAGCAUUAACAGAAUCCAUUGUGAGUUGUCGUCAGGAGCGGCUGCCGCCGUCGCUUUGAUUCAUAACAAUAAAUUAUAUGUUGCGAAUAUCGGAAAUUGUCGCGUAUUGUUAUGCAAAACUGAUGCUAAUUCUGUGUUAAAAGUUGUUCAGUUGAGCGUCGACCAUGAUUUGAAGAACGAGGAUGAGUUGUUGAGGUUGGCACAAAUUGGAAUUAAUCGGGAGCAUUUGCGGAAUUGUACGUAUUUGGGUAAUCAGGAAAACACCCGAUGUUUGGGUAAUUAUCUGGUAAAAGGAGGCUAUAAAGAGUUUGAGGAUUUGAGUAAAGCUACUCAAGAACCAGUUUCUGCGGAACCUGAUAUCCACGGCGGUAUUGUGCUUGACGACUCUUGUAGAUUUCUUCUUUUAAUGACUGCCGAGUUGUACAAAUGUAUAGAAGAGGCAACAGGAACUGAUCAAGUUAAUAAAUACAUUGCUCAAUGCGUUGUUGAACAAUUCCGGGAACAAGCAACUUUGACUGGGGUCGCUCAAGCCGUCGUUGAUAAGGCAGUGAGACUACACCACGACUGGUACAUGUCAAAUUCAAAUUCGGACAAAUCCUGCAGUGCAAAAAGAGAGGAUAUAACUCUAGUUUUGCGCAAUUUUAACUACCCCAUGCCUCGCGCUAUAAAAACACCCACAACGCCCUCUUCAAACUCCUCAAAUUCGUACCAGACCCAAAACACCCUCAUUGAAGCAGCCUCUUCACCUAAUAGUACAAUUCGCAGUAACGAUACUACAAGUACCUCCACAAACCGGACGAUAAAAAUCAAAGAAAUCGGUUCCGACAACAAAGUCAAACCCUAUGUUGACUUUUCAGUGUUUUAUCGCAACGCUGAAAUGGCCAAAGCGAACGGGACUCUACCAGAUUGGUGGGAUUCCUAACAAAUGUUUGUGUUGUGAUUUUUAUUAAAUUUUAACAUUGUACAAAUUACUGAUUUUAAUAAAAAUUUAUUAUGGUU